UUCCCCCUUUUCUCCCCAGAAAAUGCUCAUCUGAUUUUUUUUAAUAAUCUCUUUUUUUUUUUUUUUUCCUGUCAUUGACAAUUCCCGCGAUGUUGAAGGUCUCGUGUAAUGCUUCGGACCAGUUACAGAGCUUUUUCCCGAGCUUCAGACCAUUGUGUCCGGCCAAAUCUACGGUUAAUCUCCUCCCGCGAAGAUACGACGGCGUUUCGUGUUCUCAGGCGAGACGGGCUCCGGCUGUGUCUCCUGUACGGGCUGUGGUGUCUUCGGAUCAGGGGAAACCGGUUCUGUCUGAAUCGGGUACGGUUACGGCUUUCGGUACGUUGGCGGACCGGCUCCGGCUCGGCAGCUUGACGGAGGACGGGUUGUCGUACAAGGAGAAGUUCAUCGUGAGAUGCUACGAAGUUGGGAUUAACAAAACCGCGACUGUGGAGACAAUUGCAAAUCUCUUGCAGGAGGUCGGAUGCAACCACGCGCAAAGUGUUGGGUUUUCGACGGAUGGGUUCGCCACGACCACCACCAUGCGGAAAUUGCAUCUCAUAUGGGUGACCGCAAGAAUGCACAUUGAGAUUUACAAAUACCCCGCUUGGAGCGAUGUGAUUGAGAUAGAGACGUGGUGUCAAAGCGAAGGAAGGAUCGGAACGAGGCGUGAUUGGAUUCUUAAGGACUGUGCCACUGGUGAAGUUAUUGGCCGAGCUACAAGCAAAUGGGUGAUGAUGAACCAAGAUACGAGGCGGCUUCAGAAAGUCACGGACGAGGUUCGGGACGAGUACUUGGUUUUCUGCCCUCGGGAACUCAGAUUAGCAUUUCCGGAGGAGAACAACAGCAGCUUGCAGAAAAUCCCGAAACUGGAAGAUUCGACACAGAAUUCCAAGCUCGGACUCAAGCCUAGGCGAGCUGAUCUGGACAUGAACCAGCAUGUCAAUAACGUCACCUACAUUGGAUGGGUUCUGGAGAGCAUUCCUCAAGAAAUCAUCGAUACACACGAGCUCGAGGUCAUAACUCUUGAUUACCGAAGGGAAUGCCAGCAAGACGACGUGGUGGAUUCAUUAACUGCUCCCGAAAUCCCGGAGGAAACGGUUUCGCAGCUCGUUGGGACCAAUGGGUCGACCAUGACAAACGAGAAGGGGCACGACGACGGGAGACAGUUCUUGCAUCUGCUGAGGUUGUCUGGAGAUGGGCAGGAGAUUAACCGAGGCAGAACGCAGUGGCGGAAGAAGAAGCCGUCUUCGAGAUGAGCGAGAGCUGCAGCAACGAUUGCGAGCCGUUUCCUUCCUUUCCGCCCCCGAGUUUUCUUCUUCCAUCUUUCUGCGUGAAGUUUUAGCAGAGUCUUUUGUUGGUGUUAAGUUCUGAAGAGCUCUUCAGUUAGAUGGAACCUAAUCCUUUGUUGAGUUUUCUGUAUGUUUUGUUGUCUGUCUUAAUUUUAGGCUUAGAGCCAAAAGAACUAUUUAUUACGAUAAGAUUAUGAGAAUCAGUUCAGCCUU